AGAUUAAUUAUAAUAAACAGAAAAAUAAACCAAAGUAGAAUAACAAGAAAAAAAAUAUGAACAAAAAGCGGAACCAAAUAAUAAUUAAAAGAUUAAAGAAAGAAAUCGUACAAGUAAUUUUAUUUCUCAUUUAGUGCAAUAAAAAAGCCAGACAUAUAAAGAAAUAAGAGAAAAGUAUUAAAAAGACAGACAUUAACAUAUCUUAUUACAUUAAUCUUUAAUUGAUAUCGGUUUAAAAUUCAAUAAUAAUUUAAUAAUGGGUUCAAAUAAAAGAUGUAUAUAUUUAAUGGAAGCUUUAAAAAAAUUAAUUUGCGAUUUUCGAACAAAUGAGCCAGAUUUUUCAUUUGUAAAAGAAUUGAGUAUAUCUAUUGAUAAAAUAAUCAAUUUCAUUUAAAACUUUAGGGCUAUAUCUGAAGGGAUGAAUACUGCUUUUUAAUAUAUUAAAUAGUUAAUUGGAUAUUUAUAUAAUAGUCAAGUAUCUAUAGAAACCUAAUAAUAGUGGCUUUGUUAAUAAAUAAAUUAUUUUAUUAAAUAAAAAAUAUAUAAUGCUUAAGAAUUAAUUAUUUAAAUAGGUCUAUAAUUUAUUAAUAAUGGCGAUUAUAUUUUAAUAUAUGCACAUUCUUAAGUUGUUGAAAGUCUUUUAAUUUAAGCUCAUAAAAAAGGAAAAUAAUUCACUGUUAUUGUUGUAGAUAAUCCUCCUUUUAAUGAAGGGAAAUAACUUUUUAAUAAUCUAACUAAGUAAGGAAUUUAAUGUAUAUAUACUUUACUUUCUAAUGUACCUUAUUUUAUAAAAAAAACCUCUAAAAUUUUCGUUGGAGCUUCUUCUAUGUUGAAAAAUGGUUCUUUAGUUUCUCGUGUAGGAACUGCACUACUAUCUUGUGUUUCUAAAGAACAUAGAAUUCCUUUCCAUGUUUUUUGUGAAAGUUAUAAAUUUUCAGAAAAAAGUUAACUUGAUUCUUUAUCAUAAAAUGAAUUAAAUGUAUAAAGAUAAACAACAAAUAUAAAUAUUAUUGAAAUCAAUCUAAGAUAUGAUUUAACUCCAUGUUAAAACAUUAAUAUGGUUGUCACUGAAAUUGGACCAGUUCCACCUACUUCUGUUCACACUAUUAUUAGAGAAUUUACAAGUAAUGAUUAUGUUGGGAAAAUCGAAUUACCUAAAGAAUGA